AUGUAUAAAGGCCGAGCAGGAGGCACUGAAGCCCCAGUGAACCCGAAGGCCUACCCGUUGGCCGACGCCACGCUCACCAAAACCAUCCUUGACUUGGUGCAGCAAGCAUCCAACUAUAAGCAACUGAGGAAGGGGGCUAAUGAAGCCACAAAAACCCUGAACAGAGGAAUCGCUGAAUUCAUCGUCAUGGCCGCUGAUGCCGAACCAUUGGAGAUCAUUCUCCACCUCCCGUUGCUGUGCGAGGACAAGAACGUCCCAUACGUGUUCGUCCGAUCCAAACAAGCCUUGGGCCGCGCUUGUGGUGUGUCGCGUCCCGUCAUCGCUACCUCGGUCACCAUUAAAGAGGGGUCUCAGCUCAAACCCCAGAUCCAGACCGUCCAAAUGUCUAUUGAGAGACUACUAGUUUGA